CCGUCAAACCUGCUCCUCAGUUGCGUUCAGCCCAGCCCAGCCCAGCCUAGGACUGAGCCUCCGACCAUCACUGCUACAGGACAGGAAGGCAAAUGCCCUGUCCCACCAGAACCAGCCAGCAUGCCAGAGGGACUGUGGACAGUCUUUGGCACUGGACUUUGAGUUUUGGAGCAUGUCACAUGGUUUAAAGUAACUUCAUAGCCCUUCCUGUUUGGCCCUGCCCAUCACAGCCUGUGGGGAAAGAGCCACUGGCAGCACACCAGCCAGAUUGGGAGACACCAGACUCCAGCCAGCUACAGGAAGCCCAGAAGCAGCUCUGGGACCCUCUGUGUAGAGCCAAGAAGGCUGGAGCAGAAAACUCCCUGGCCUUGGAAGCCCAACCGCAGUCUCCGAUCGCACCCCAUCCCAGCCAGAGUCCAGGUAUGGCAGAACUAUGCCGCACGGAUUCCACACUGACUGCUCUGGAUGAGGAGAUGCUCUGGGAUAUGCUGGAGGGUCACCGAUGCAGGAUCGUGCAGAGCAUCUGCCCCAGCCGCCUCACCCCCUACCUGCGCCAGGCCAAGGUGCUGGGCCAGCUGGACGAGGAAGAGAUCCUCCAUAGCUCCCGUUUCACCAACAGUGCCAUGAGAGUUGGGCACUUGCUGGAUCUGCUGAAGGCCCGAGGGAAGAAUGGAGCCAUUGCCUUUCUGGAAAGCCUGAAGUUCCACAACCCUGAUGUCUACACCCUGGUCACUGGGCUGCAGUCUGACAUUGACUUCAGCACCUUCAGCGGUCUCAUGGAGACAUCCAAGCUGACCGAGUGUCUGGCUGGGGCCAUCAGCAGUCUGCAGGAGGAGCUGGCCCAGGAGAAGGCCCAGAAGGAGGUUCUGCUCCGGAGAUGCCAGCAGCUGAAGGAGCGCCUGGGCGUGGCUGAGGCCCAUGCAGAGGGUCUGCGCCAGCUGGAGGUUGACCACAGCCGCAUGAAGCGUGAGGUCAGCACCCACUUCCACGAGGUCCUGAAACUGAAGGACGAGAUGCUGAACCUAUCACUGCACUACAGCAACGCGCUCAGAGAGAAGGAGUUGGCUGCCACACGCUGCCACAGCCUGCAGGAGGAGCUCUACCUGGUGAAGCAGGAGCUCCAGCGGGCAAGCCUUGUAUCUUCAUGUGAAAGGGAAUCUCGAGAGAGGUCCCUGAAGAUGGCCAGUGACCUGGAGCCUGAGGGGGAGGAACUGAAUCGGCUUAAGGAGGAGAACGAGAAACUCCGCUCCAUGACCUUCAGCCUGGUUUCCUGGAGCCCAGGAGCUGGGGACAUUGGAGCCCUGGAGCCCAGGAGCUGGGGACAUUGGAGGCCUGGAGCCCAGGAGCUGGGGACGUUAGAGCGAGCCCUGGAGCCCAGGAGCUGGGGACAUUGGAGCCCUGGGGCCCGGGAGCUGGGGACGUUAGAGCGAGCCCUGGAGCCCAGGAGCUGGGGACAUGGGAGGCCUGGGGCCCAGGAGCUGGGGACAUGGGAGGCCUGGGGCCCAGGAGCUGGGGACAUGGGAGGCCUGGAGCCCAGGAGCUGGGGACAUGGGAGGCCUGGAGCCCAGGAGCUGGGGACGUUAGAGCGAGCCCUGGGGCCCAGGAACUGGGGACGUUGGAGCCCUGGAGCCCAGGAGCUGGGGACGUUAGAGCGAGCCCUGGAGCCCAGGAGCUGGGGACAUUGGAGCCCUGGGGUUCUGAGAGCUGGGGAUGUUGGAGCCUGGGGUUCUGAGAGCUGGGGACGUUGGAGGCCUGGAGCCCAGGAGCUGGGGACGUUGGAGGCCUGGGGCCCGGGAGCUGGGGACAUUGGAGGCCUGGGGCCCGGGAGCUGGGGACGUUGGAGCCCUGGAGCCCGGGAGCUGGGGACGUUGGAGCCCUGGAGCCCAGGAGCUGGGAACGCCGCCUGCCUCCCUCUGCCCCCCAUCCCCACUCACCCCUUCCCACCUAAGCCCUCAGAGCCAGUGAGCAUCGUGGCCCUCAGAGCCAGUGAGCAUCGUGGGUAUGUUCCUGUCCUACAGUACUGGGAGGAGAAAGAACAGACCCUGCUCCAGUUCCGGAAGACCCAGGUGGACUGUGAGCUAUACAGAGAGAAGAUGACGAUGCUUCAGGGCCAGGUGGCUGAGCUGCAGAAGGAACGGGACCAGGCAUACACUGCAAGAGACAGGGCCCAGAUGGAGAUUUCUCAGCGCCUGGUGGAGAAGGAUGCCCUUCGCAGGAGAGUGUUCGACCUGACAGAGCAGGUCUGCGAGUUGCGCACUCAGCUGCGCAGGCUGCAGGCAGAGGCCCCAGGAGGACCCAAGCAGGAACCAGGAGCCAGGGACCUCUGCCUCCGGGGGAAGCAGCGGCUUGUGCGGAUGCAUGCUGUGUGCCCGCCAGAUGACAACGACUGCAGCCUCUUCAGUUCCACUGAGUCCCGGCUGUGGUGGGACCUGAAUUCCACGUGCAGCCGGGAGCACAUGGACAGCUUCCGCUCCAGCAGCCCCUUGCCUCCCAGCCAGCAGUCCCUGUACAAGCGGGUGGCAGAGGACUUCCUGGAAGCCCCCGAGUCUCUAAGCUUCCCAGAAGUCCUCGAGGUGCGCCUCCAAGGGGCUACGGUGGAUGACACAGACACAGACCUGGAGUUUGAGAUGAUAGAUGGAGCAGACCUCUCUCAGACAGAGGAUAGCCUGCAGGGGUCUUCCCGGAGCCUGAAUGUCUCAGAAAGCAGUGUCCCCGUAAGGCGGAGGCCAGCCCGCAAGAUCCUAAGCCAGGUCACAAUGCUGGCGUUCCAAGGGGACGCAUUGCUGGAACAGAUCAGUGUUAUCGGCGGGAACCUCACUGGGAUCUUCAUUCACCGUGUCACCCCUGGCUCUGCAGCAGAUGAGAUGGCCCUGCGUCCUGGUACCCAGAUCAUGAUGGUGGACUAUAAGCCUACCAAGCCAUCAUUAAGGGCCACUCUGGAGAAUACAACACUGGAGCAGGCUGUGGGCCUUCUCAGGAGGGUGAAUGGCUCCUGCUACUUGUCUGUGAAGAUCAACACUGAAGGUUAUAAGAACCUCAUCCAGGACUUAGAUGCCAAGGUGGUAACAUCCGGGGACUCAUUCUACAUCCGUGUCAACCUGGCCAUGCAGAGGAGAGGGGAGGGAGAGCUGCAUGCUCACUGCAAUGAUAUCCUGCAUGUCACGGACACCAUGUUCCAAGGCCGCAGCUGCUGGCAUGCCCAUCAUGUGAACCCCUACACCAUGAAGGACAUGGAGGCUGGCACCAUCCCCAACUAUUCACAGGCUCAGCAGCAGCUCCUGGCCCUCAUCCAGGACAUGACUCAACGGUGCACAGUCCCCCGAAAGCCUCCUGGAGGACCACAGAAGUUAGUACGAAUUGUCAGUGUGGACAAAGCUGCUGUCAGUCCUCUGACUUCAUCCUUUGACCAAAGCCAGUGGGAUUCUGGCAGGGAGGAAGGUGGUCCCAGCACGUGCUUCUGGGCAGAAAGCUGCUUCACCCUGGCACCGUACACCCUGGUGCAUCCCCACAGGCCUGCCCGGCCCCGGCCUGUGCUCUUUGUGCCCAGAGUAGUUGGGAAGAUCCUAGGCAAAAAGCUGUGUCUCCUCCAAGGUUUUAAGCAGUGUUCAGCAGAGUACUUGAGCCAGGAGGAGUAUGUCACCUGGAGUCAGAGAGGGGACAUCAUCCAGGAGGGAGAGUCAAUAGGUGACCACUACUGUGUCACCCGGCAUGCCGUGGAGUCCCUCAUGAAUAUGAGCACCCACGCCCUGCUGGAUGUCCGGCUGGACAGCGUCCAAGUCCUACACAAGAUGGACAUGUUCCCCAUCAUCAUCCAUGUCUCUGUCAAUGAGAAGACGGCAAAGAAACUCAGGAAGAGCCUGCACCGGCUUGGCAGCUCGGAGGAGCAGUUCCUGGAGGAGGCCCGGCAGGAGGAGGGGGAGCUGGAUAGGGUGCCGUGCCUGUACAGCAGCCUGGCCCCCGACAGCUGGAGUGACCCGGACAGCCUGCUCAGCUGUGUGCGCCUGGCCAUUGCAGAUGAGCAGAAGAAGGUGGUGUGGACAGAGAGCCCCUGCUGAAGCCCAGACCCGGCUUGGGACGGUGGGGACCGCCACGUGUCUGUUAAUGCUGUCACUUCCUUCUCUGGUCUGGGUCUGACCUCACGUGCUCACAGAAAUCACGGUGAAAAUGAUGAAGCCACCUUCACACAGCAUGGCCUGGCCAACAGAGGACCAGAGACUAUUCUGCCAUGUGGGGGUGCUCCCUGAGACCCGCUCAGAGCCAGCGCCCCAACCUCCUGUGAUAAGAGGAACAGCUUUGUGGGUCUGUCUCCUCCUUUUAUGUUUCUGACAUCCAAUGAACCUUGCAAGCUCACUGGAGCAGUCCUCCCUGCCCAGGGCGGGGGCACUGACUCUGGGGCACCUUGGGCGUGACUGACUCAAGCUGCUGACAGCCAAGUGCUGCCACAGAUACCUGCAAACGAAGGUGCCAUAGUAGACAGACUUGAGUGGCUCCUUGACUCGCUGCCUCUGUGCCCAGCCCCAAACACCAGUGAGCAAAGUCAUUACUGACAUUACCCCUGGUCCUUCUCAGGGUGUAUUAUACCACGCUUGGGUGAAGCCACCACCUAGCCAUAAACUGAGUCAUUUUGUCAGCGUGUCUGUGUCCCAGUGCCUAAGAUCCAGUGUGCUUGUUCUGUGAAUUAUUAUACUGCUGUUAAAGGGGUUUCCAAUGCUA